AUGCAGAAGGCAAUUAUUGCUUUAGCUGUACUGUGUUUGGCACAGUUGUCUUAUGGGGCAUACCCCAUUAAAGAUUUCGAUGAACCAAUGAAGACCGACUUUCAAACAUGGCAUGACAAUUGUAAACUUUACAUUCCCGGUGUAACCGAUGAAGAUAUUAAUAGAGUCAGACAAGGACACUUCGAUACGGAUAACGAAGCUAUUAAGAUUAACACUGAUAUGGUUAUGAAUAAGGCACUGUUGGAUCUAUUAAUGCCCCAGAAAAUUAUGGAAGACGAAUAUAUCGGUUAUUUAUUGUGUGCUAAACAUUUCAGACAAUACAAAAACAUGGCUUUUCGUGAUAAGAUCUUCGGAUUGUACCAAUGCAAUUACAACAGAAAUCCUGACACUGACUAUCAAAUGUGGCACGAUAAUUGUAGACUUUACAUUCCCGGUGUAACCCAAAAAGAAAUCAAUAGAGUAAAACAAGGAAUAUUCGAUACAGAUGACGAAGCUAUUAAGAUGAACACUGAUAUGGUUCUCAACAAGGCAAUGUUGGAUCUCUAUUUACCCAAGAAAGUUUUGGAAGAUGAAUAUAUCGGUUAUUUGUUGUGUGCUAAACAAUUUAGUCAAAAAAUGCAAAAAGUGUAUCUAUUCGAUUCGAAAAACUUCAUAAAAAUCCCUAAAACUGAAUCAAACAAAAAAAUAAAUUUCGAUGAACCAUUAAAGACAGACUUUCAAACGUGGCACGACAACUGCAAAAUUUACAUUCCCGGUGUAACCCAAGAAGACAUCAAUAGAGUAAGACAAGGACACUUCGAUACAAAAAACCAAGCUAUUAAGGUUAAUGCUGAUAUGGUUAUGAACAAGGCAAUGUUGGAUAUUUAUAUGCCCAGGAAAAUUAUGGAAGACGAAUACAUAGGUUAUUUGUUGUGUGCUAAAGAAUUUAGAGAAAAAAAAAACAUGCCUUUUGCUGAUAAGAUCUUCGGAUUGCUCCAAUGUAACUACAACAGAAAUCCUAACAGUUACGGUGAACCAUUGAAGACCGACUUUCAAACUUGGCACGACAACUGUAACAUUUAUAUUCCCGGCGUAACUCAAGAAGAAAUCAAUAGAGUGAGACAAGGAAACUUCGACACAGACAACCAAGCUAUUAAGAUUAACACUGAUAUGAUUAUGAACAAGGCAAUGGCAGAUAUCUAUAUACCCAAGGAACUUGGACCACGAUUAGAAGAUGAAUUCAUCGGUUAUUUGUUGUGUGCUAAACAAUUUAGACAAUAUAGUAAGUAUAGACUUAGGAAUAGACAAUCUCCUAAAACUACUGCUACGAAUAUACCAGUUACAAUAGUCAUAUUAAGGGUGAUUUGA